AUGGCUUCCAGAUCUGAACCCGCUCUGGUCGUGAAGCUCCUUAUCACGACGACAGAACAUGUGAAAAAGAUGUCGGAGAAGUUGAGAAUCUUAGCAUUUUUUUUUCUUGAAAAAAUUAUUGCAGCAGAUUUCAAGAAGAAGAAGGUUCCCUUCCGCCUGACCAGAAUGCUUGUUAGAGCAAUGGAGGUAAGUGGUAUUAAAGGGAACUUCCGCUCCACCUGCGAAAGUGUCUUGAAGGUUUUGCGAAUGAACAAAGAUAGGUUCCCGAGCCGGAGCUUAUGUUGCAAAAACCUUGUUGAAACUACAAGCAAGUUGAAAAUUGCCAAACCUCCCAAAGAUCAUAGCAAGAGUCUUGAUGUACGAAUCGAUGAUUUUGUCCCGCAUUGCGUUCUCAUCCGGAGGCUCCAUGACCACCAGCCAGUGCUUGAAAUCACAGCCUUCGAGAAUGCUCGUCUUAUUUGGGGGCCGAUUCGACCCGUUCGGAUUCUGAUCGGACGACGUCCUCUGUCGGGUGGCGAACCCCCUAGUCGAUAUAGCCAAGGUAAGGCGGUGGAAGGCGGAGGCGGAGGCGAUGAGAGGCCGGAGGCGGAGGACAAAGGCGGGCCUGGAGAGGACGCCUGGAGAUAA